AUGACAGAAAGAAAGCGUAUUCUAGUUAUUGGUGCAGGAGUGUCGGGAUUGACUGCCAUCAAAAGUUGUUUGGAAGAAGAUCUGCAACCAGUCUGCUUUGAACGAGACGAUCAGCUCGGAGGAGUUUGGUACUACACCGAAGACCUGAGACCUGGUCAGUCCUCUGCAGCCUAUAAAAGUAUUAUCUCCAAUAACACAAAGGAAACAUUAUGUUUCUCUGAUUUUCCACUCCGAAAAGAAGACCCAGCUUAUCUGCCCUAUGAUGCAGUUACUCAAUAUCUCGUCAAUUAUGCAAAUCACUUUGGAUUAGGCAAGUAUAUCCAUUACAACAGAAAUGUUGUCAAAGUUGAAAUGUGUAAAGACUAUGAAACUACUGGACAAUGGGAUGUCUCGUACGUGGAAGGUGGCAAUGGUGGUGGUGACGUCACAGUGGAAACAUUUGACGGUAUAAUGAUGUGUAGCGGCGGUGGUUUAGGAAAGCCAUACAUUCCUGCUAUUCCAGGGCUGGAUAAAUUUAAAGGAAUUACAAUUCAUGGAAAUGCCUACAGACAACCUGCUCCCUUUAUUGGGAAAAAGGUCAUAGUGGUUUAUCUAAGUGUACGUAGUCCUUAUAUUGUUAGUCCUCGUAUUGCAAAUGAUGGUUGGCCUACAACUAUGUUUAUUGCACAACGAAUACGCCAAAUGUUGCCAGCAUGCGUAGGUAACAAUAAACUGGACAAGAGCAGUCCUUGUACUAUAUACAGCCCUGGAUCAGCUCAAAGAACACAAAAAUCUGCUGGGGUCAUGGUAAAUGAUGAAAUACUAGAUCGUAUUGCUUGCAACCAUGUGAAUGUUGUACCAGAAAUAGCCAGGAUAACUGAGACAAGUGUGGAGUUUAUCGAUGGCAGCGUUAUUGAUGACGUGGAUGUUAUCAUCUUGGCUACCGGAUACGAGAUAUCAUAUCCCAUUAUUGAUGAAACAUUAAUUUUUGAUGAAACUGAAAAAUUGAAUCUUUAUCGAUACAUACUGCCAUUGGGAUUGAAACAUAACACGCUGAUGAUAAUUGGAAUUCUAUUAAAGUUUAUUCCAACAACAUUUAAUGUGCUAGAACUUCAAUCACGUUGGAGUGCCAGACUAUUAAGUGGACGUCUCAAUCUUCCUAAUAUGAAGACCAUGGUUAAUGAUAUUCAUACACGACCUCGUGUUGGGCGAUUAUAUGAUCCGUUAUUAUGCACUUCUUAUCAAGAUGACAUUGCAAGGGAUAUUGGUGUAUUACCGACUCUCUGGAACCUACUCUUUCCAGACCCACGACUUAUCUACGAAUAUUACAUGGGGCCUGCUAUCGGAGCAUGGUAUCGUCUUCGGGGUCCUGCUACAUGGGAUGGGGCUAAGCAGACCAUCUUAAGCACCUGGGACAACACAAAAUAUCCACUUAAUAAAACGACAAAUGCUAUAAAAAGUGAAAAAUCGUUUCUCUUCAAGCAGAGUUUAUUUCUUGCAGGUGGUCUUUGCUUUGUUUAUCUGUUAGUUAAUCGUGAGAAAUCAUUCCAAUUAAUUAAUUGGAUUGAACAGUUGUGUCCAAGAAACAAAUAA